AUUAUUAAUCCGAACAGGGGCAGAGACAGAGCCCGCGGUUAGUUGGAAAUUGAACCGUGGUUAGCCGAAUUAAACCGCAGCAGCAGGAGCAAUUGGGAUUCAGGGUCUUGCAGUCUUCUGUGUUGCGCGGCUCUCCUGCAUUCCUGUUUCGCUCGGCUAUUUCGCCGCUGUUGUUGCUCCUCUCCGGAUCUGGUAGGCUCUGGAGUGUAGAUUAUCGAACUAGGUAUCUGUCGACACGAAGAACAGCUAAUUUGACGUAGUUUGCGAGUAGCUGUUGAGCUUUGAAGGGCAGGGAAGUGGUUGUAGGAAGAGGCGGAGGUGCAAUGGCUGCAGCGUUGUGCAUAGGGCAGGCGGCGGCGGCGGCGGCGGUGGCAGCGUCGGCAAUGCCGAGUGUCGGUUAUGAGCAUCGUCCUGAUGCCUCAGGAGGUGCGGCGUCUGGGAAAUCCGGACUCGGAGGUGGUGACAAAACCCCGUUGAACAUAGCAAGCAAGGGUUUCUUUUGCCCUCCUUGCAUCACUCGGUUCCCACCAAACUUUGUGCGUCAGUCCAGUAUUAAGGCGCGCCGCAACUGUAGCAACAUUGGCGUAGCACAGGUUGUAGCUGCCUCUGCCACGGAUCGUAGCAAUCCCGCUGCAGUUUCGGCGGCGGGGCUGUCAUCGUCGGCUCACGCGGAAGUCGUCGACGAGCUUGGUAAUGGCAGUGCCGCUGCUCCUACGGGUGCGAAUGAGGCUCUCCUGGACUCUCUCAUUGCUUCCGACGACACUCUUUCUCGUGAAAAAUCUUCUGAGGCCAAGAAAUCUAGUCGAAGUAAACCAAGCACGCUUGCUGUCCAUGGUGGCGAAAGAACUAGACGUCCAAAAGUUCAAGACACUCUGACAAUUCCAAUUUGUCAGACAUCUACUUACACGUUUAAGGAUACAGCCGAAUUGAUUGCGUUUCAGGAAGGAACGUUCACUAGUUUUGAGUAUGGACGAUAUGGUAAUCCUACGACUAAUGCCGUCGAAGAGAAAAUCAGCGCUUUGGAAGGGGCAGAAGCGACGUUGUUAUCUGCUUCAGGCAUGUGUGCAGCUACCACUAUGCUCCUAGCACUGGUUCCAGCUGGCGGACAUAUUGUAACUACCACCGAUUGUUAUCGAAGGACUCGUCAGUUUAUCCAGACUGUGCUUCCCAAAAUGAGUAUCACGACAACUGUGGUUGAUCCUGCGGAUAUCUCUUCUCUUCAGCUUGCACUUGAGCAGAAUAAUGUAUCAAUAUUCUUUUCUGAGUCGCCUACAAAUCCUUACCUGCGGUGUAUCGACGUAGAAUUAGUAUCCAAACUGUGUCACGAGCAUGGGGCUCUUGUUUGCAUUGAUGGGACUUUUGCGACUCCUGUAAAUCAGCAGGUUUUGGCUUUGGGGGCCGACCUUGUACUUCACUCUGCAACAAAGUAUCUCGCUGGACACAAUGAUGUUCUGGCAGGGAGUCUCAGUGGGACCAAACAGUGCCUCUCUGCUGUGCGUGCUCUGCAUAAUAUUCUCGGGGGUGUCGUAGACCCAAAUGCUGCAUAUCUCAUUUUGCGUGGUUUGAAGACUUUGGAUCUUCGUGUGAAGCAGCAGAACAGAACUGCACUCCUUCUUGCACAGAAACUAGAAGCCCACCCUAAGGUGGCACGUGUACAUUAUCCUGGUUUGGAAAGUCAUCCAGAGCAUCAGAUUGCCAAGCGACAGAUGAGCGGGUUUGGCGGUGUUAUUAGUUUUGAGAUAAAUGGAGAUCUGGAGACCACAUCAAACUUUAUUGAUGGGCUCAGAAUCCCUUACAUUGCACCUUCUCUUGGUGGAGUAGAAAGCCUGGUCGAACAGCCGACUAUCAUAUCUUACUGGGACCAAAGCCCAGCGGAGAGGGCACGACUGGGAAUCAAGGAUAAUCUGGUUCGCUUCAGCUGCGGUAUCGAGGAUUACGAAGACAUUCUCAAUGAUGUUAUGCAGUCAUUGAACGCCCUCUAGUGCAAUUCGCCUUAUUUUGUACCUCAUAGUCCUCGAUCUCUGACCUUGCAAUAGCGUGCACGUUGUUCUCAUUUUAGAAGAUAUGUCUUUGUACAUCCAUGAAAUCGCUGUCUCAGCGACGUGUGACGUGUUCGAUAAGGGUUUAUCUUUCGUGUAAGCUACACGCAAAGCUUUUGUUUCGUUGUUGGGAUUUUAUAUAUAUUUUUUUGCAGUCGUCUCCAGUACUGCAUCGUAAUCUGUCAUGAUUCUUUAAAUUA